AUGAACGAACAGGCCCAGAUGAGCCCGAUACUCAGUACGCCAGGGUUGACGAAACCCGGACCAACCCCAAACAGACCUCGAAAACAACUGCAUGCGAUCAAUGUUACCGUUUCAAAGUCAAAUGUACGAGAGAGCCAGACUGCUGUCAGAGAUGUAGCACGAACGGUAAUGCAUGCACUUAUAGUUCUGCUGUCGAAACGGAACGAUCUCGAAAACGGCAAGCUCCAGGAUCUCCGAGAGAGUCUUCUGCGAAGAAAACGGCUCUCGCUUCUCCAUUCCAUGAGAAGUUCAAACACGUCAAGAUCGAACCAUAGCGACAGGGAAACAUUAUGUCUACGUGAUACAGGUGCGGGUGACACUGUGAGCGUUCAGACCUCAGCGCUACAGGAAAUGAAUCAUAAAUCAAAACAUAGGCUACAAACAUCUGCCUUUGAAAGCGAGUAUCAAGCAUCGCUAGCUCUACAGGAGCAACCCAAUACCACGGGUGACAGUCUUCCCUUCUACGAUUCAUUCCAUUACUACGGCGACAAACUUUUGCCAGACCUCUCUUCUCAAACUUCAGAUUUCCUGUUUGAGAGUGACAGCGAGGCACUUGAUGCCAGUUUUGCGUUCGAUAGCCACGAAACUGCAGUUCAGCAACAGGGCCCUGAGCUGUCGUCCAAAUCUAUACCCCUUGAACCUGCUUUCAAACAUUCUGCCCCCACUACCUGUGGGUGCCUUCAAUCAACAACUCUGACCCUUUCGACUCUACAAAAAAUAGUCCUGAGCAACUCUACAUCAUCAUAUGACAAUAUCCUUGCGGCAGCACGCAGUGGUUUGUCUGAAUGCAAGCGCCUAGCAGCAGCUAAAUGCAAUUCCUGCCAACCAAGCUCUACUUCAUCUUUAAUCGUGCUGUGCGUAGCAAUCUUACAGCAUGUAUACAGAUUGUACGAAUUGCUUGAUCAUCCAUCGAGAGUUGCGGCAGACACGAGCGACAAGACGGAGAACAGAAUCGCAUUGAGCAUCAAGUUUGGAGACAUGGAAUUCGCUGAUAUCGGACACGAUCCAAGCAUUAUGCGGGUUAUUCUCAAAAUGGAAAAGAUGCGUGCCCAGGCUGUGUGCGUGGAGCUGGAGAAGAUGGUUGCUGUGGAUUCAAGUGGAGAGGGAGACGUUCAUAGCGCCGGCAAGGAUGACAAAAUGAUCCGGGACGGCUUGAUCACCCUUCUUGGUAUAUACCGCGAAAGGUUCGCCGCUGAAGAUAAGAGUAUCAUCAUACUCGAGAUGGCGAUACCAGAAGCAGACAUCGCUACAACUAGUCAUGAACACUCAAUUGAAGGCAAAUUCAGCGACGAACCGAAAUGGCCAUCAGAAGUCCAACCUGCUUACGAGCCAGUCAGUGAAGAUGGAAUGAGUGAUGAAACUCUACGAGACAUGGACUUUCAGCCUGAGACCUCGCCAAUGUCCAGAUUUCGAAAUGCCUUGACAACCUUCGCAAUCUUUCUUCUGCCCAGUCCAAUUUCAAGAUUCUGCGGAUACAGCAUCAAAGAGUCAAAGAAGCAUGGAGUAACGUCCUAUUUGGAUGGAAUGCGAGGCUUGGCAUCAUUCUGUGUUUUUCUCGAACACACGGCCAUGAAGUAUCAUCCUCAUAUGUUUGAGGAAUACGGCGGUCAUCCUCAUUUCUGGCAACUACCAAUUAUUCGCCUCGUCGUUUCCGGAUCGGUCAUGGUCGACAUUUUCUUCGUCAUUUCUGGCUUCUCGUUAUCGCUUCGGCCAAUGGAGUUGAUCUAUGAGCAGGACUGGGAGAGGCUGUUCAUAGCAGUAUCUUCUGCCAUGUUCCGCAGGACUUUCCGCAUAGUCCUUCCUCCUGCGGUCGCUACCUUUAUUAUUAUGCUGGGCGUCAGGAUGCAACUAUUCGAUUCCAAGGUUUCCGGUGCUGUAGAUAUGUAUCUCGAUGGUCCCAUCUAUCGUGGGUCUUUCAUGCUCCAGGUUGUCGAUUGGUUGGAAUAUGUCUUAAGCAAGCUGAUUUACCCCUAUGAGUGGGCAGCCCCUCUUUACAACAUCACGGAAUCAGAAUAUGCGGCGCCAAUGUAUACCAUAUCGAAAGAAUUGUGGUCCUCUUUUCUCCUCUUCAUCACGAUCACCGGCGUAAGCAGGCUGCGAGCAGCUGUUCGCCUUUGCUUUGCCGUAGUACUGAUCUACUACAGCUUUUGGUGUAUGCGCAGCGACAGUGCUUGCUUCCUUUGUGGUAUGCUCAUGGCUGAGCAGCAUGUUAGGCGCACUCGAUCUAAAGGUGUUUCUAAGUCAGCCGGUGGGAAAAUCGUGUCAACCUUCGGUUGGUCAGCUGUUUUGCUGGCUGGUUUCUGGCUUGCUUCGAUACCUCAUACUCAUGGGUCAUAUGGAUCUCAUACAUAUGGAUUUCAGAUGAUCUCGGCCAUCAUCCCAUUUGGCUCCAACGUCCGCGUAACUGGAUCACUCCUCAUUGUCUGGGCAAUUGCCAAUCUACCUUUCCUUCAACGAUUAUUCACGUCUGCGAUCCCACAUUAUCUUGGCCAAAUCUCAUUCGCAUUGUUUCUGGUGCAUUGGCCGGUUCUGGCUGUAUGGGGAUGGCCACUUCAGCCAGUCAUAUGGAAGCUUACAGGAGACGACACAGAUUUCAACCACGCCGUUGGAUUUUCAAUAUCGUUGGUCUGUAUCACGCUUGUUACGUGGUGUGUAGCUGAUCUUUUUUGGAGAGCUGUCGAUAUUAGGUCUAUCAGGUUCGCCAAGCGUUUAGAGACAGAGCUCAUUGUUCCAAUGUAA